AGGGUUUCGUUCAGCUUCUUCUCUGCGUUGUGCGUUGUGUAGCUGCUGUGUCCGUCGCGUUUGUGUAGAGUUAUUCCAUAGCACACCUCACUGAACAGCAUGGCGGAUAAGGCUGUCACAAUCCGAACCAGAAAGUUCAUGACCAACAGGCUUCUUUCCAGGAAGCAAUUUGUCGUUGAUGUUCUUCAUCCAGGGAGGGCAAAUGUUUCCAAGGCCGAACUUAAGGAGAAGCUCGCUAGAAUGUAUGAAGUGAAAGACCCUAACACUGUGUUUGUCUUCAAAUUCCGAACACAUUUUGGAGGUGGCAAAUCCACUGGUUUUGGUUUGAUUUAUGAUUCAGUUGAAAAUGCUAAGAAGUACGAGCCCAAGUACAGGCUUAUUAGGAAUGGUCUUGACACCAAGGUAGAAAAGUCAAGGAAGCAAAUGAAAGAGAGAAAGAACAGAGCUAAGAAGAUUCGCGGAGUAAAGAAGACCAAGGCUUCUGAUGCUGCUAAGGGUGGAAAGAAGAAAUGAGUUUUGAGACAUUCUGUUUCGAUUCUAAGGUUAUAUUGGUUUCGGUUCUUUGUUAUAGUUAUUUUAUGUUAUGUUAGAAUUAUAGAAUGAGAUGUUUUGGUGCAAGUGUUGGUGCUUUUUUAUUUAUGUUCGCUUACAACUUCAUAUGUUGAGUACUAGCAUUGAACAAUUUUGAGAUCUCUUGUUUUACUUUGC